CACCCUUCCCCUGGGGGAGCGAUGGGACCCAGGGUAGGGGGAAAUUAGCACCAGGCUAGGGUAGCCUGUGGGUGUGCUAGGGACCUCCCCAGCACCCUUCCCCCGGGGCAGCGAUGGGACCCAGGGUAAGGGGAAAUUGGCACCAGGCCAGGGUAGCCUGUGGGUGUGUUAGUGACCUCCCCCAGUACCCUUCCCCUGGGCUGUGGAGUGUAAGCAGUGAGUGGGCAGUACACGGAGUCGUGUGCGAAGAGAAAUCUUUAAUAAAAAAAACAACUGGCGCAAGCCCCUACAUGAAGAUCUGCCUCCGAGUCAUCAUUUACGCCCCAACAACACUAACGAAUUGGCCACGUUCUGUUCACGUGACAAACCCCCUUUACUAUCUGGCCGUGUCGGGUGGCGUCGUCUUUAUUUACGAGAUAUAAACCAAACAAAAAAAAAACCUCAUGAAUUCGUGAAGAAGGGGUGGUGGUGGGGGCGGGAGAGAGGCUUUGUCACGUAAACAGAACGCGCCAAUUCGUUGCCAAAGUACAGCGCUACAUUUAUUUAUUUAAAACUAAUUCAGCAUUUUACACCGCGCUUGCAAAUUUGCUUCAACGAAGUUUUUUUCAAAUCGCCGCGGUCCCUCCCCCCUGACUGCAGCGCGUUGCGGAAACACACGUGCUCGUCAGCACCCCCCCCACGCCGCUCGCGUUUAAUUCCGGGGAAAGAGAGAGAGAGGGGGGUUAAAACAAAACAAAAAAACACACAAAGAGUUUGUCGUCGCGAUUACAGAUGGCGUGCGUAGUGGCCACCCCGUUGCUGGAGCCGAGCGGGGACUUCCCGGCGUGGCUGGAGGCGCAGGGCGUGAACGCGGAAGUGGCCCGGGCCAUGGACUCGGAGCUGGGCAUCCGGGACUACGGGGUCCUGCGCGCCUGCGUCGGGGACGGCCUCGUGCGGGCCGAGCUGCUGGCCACGGCACGCGACCGCCUGCCCUUCGGCUUCUACGCCGUGCUGCGGCAGGUGGUGAAAGCCCUGCAGGGCGCCGAGCACCAAGAUGCUGGGACACCGCACUGGGACGACGCCGCAACCGCCUCCAACCCGGGCGACAUGACGCUGGGAGGCCUGGUGGACGUGCUGCUCGCUCUGUUCAGCGGCUUGAGCCGCGAGUUGCUGUUGUCCGCACAGAAGCUGGGAGACAUGGACAAAAAUGGAACAUGCGCUGUUGGUUCCCCUUCAGCCGCCGGGGCUGAAACACCUUUAGACAAUGAGAUUCAUGAAAUGAAUGAUUACGCAGUAAAUGAUGAGGGUGGAGAGAACUCAUCUCCAGACAAGGACGACAUGGAGCCCCACCAUACAUUUUUUCCAGUAAAAUCAGAGGUUGAUAAAGGUAGAGACGACAGCGAAGGUCACUCAGGAUUCAUCAUCGAAGAUGCAUUCUUGUGUAAAGAGGUGGGAUUGGACGUCAUGAACGUUGUGAAAGUUUCACAGAUUGAGGAGCAGACGGAGAGCCACACUGAAGUUGAAGACAAGAGCACCGUGCAUGUGACCAGAUUUAUCAAGGCAACAGAGCACAUUCCUGAGAGAGUGGGGGCUCCGAGCAUCAAUGACCGUCUACCAAAUGAUGGGCAAAACAUUUUUGAAGACAACACACCAUUAGAGCAACAGCAGCCUUUAAGUAAAACCACAAGCCCUCCCGUUUUUCUAACAGCAAACGUUAACAGCGGCACGGAGAAGAAGCCUUACCAGUGCUCCGUGUGCAAAAAGAGCUUCACGUGGAACUCGCACCUGGUUGAACAUCAACGCAUACACACGGGUGAGAAACCGUACCGCUGCAAGACGUGUGACCAGUCCUUCGUGCAGUCGUGCCACUUGAAGACGCACAUGCGGACGCACACUGGCGAGAAGCCCUACCUGUGCACAACGUGCACCCGCAGCUUCUCACGUAGCCACCACUUGAAGGCGCACCAGCGCAUGCACACGGGCCAGAGGCCGUUCCAGUGCAAGAUUUGCAAUCAUAGUUUUUCACGGACGGGAAUGCUGAAGGCACACGAGCGCUCGCACACGGGCGAGAGGCCCUACCGGUGCAAGAUGUGUGACAGCAGCUUCUUGCGUAGCCACCACUUGCAGGUGCACGAGCGCACCCACACGGGCUUCCGGCCGUACCAGUGCAAGGUGUGCGCCAGCAGUUUCAUGCGUAGUCAUCACUUGAAAGUUCACGAGCGCAUGCACGUCGGAAAUGACUCGCAGCAGUGAGGUGUGUGUAUAUAUGUGUGUGUGCUCGUGUCUUGAUGCUUUGUGUUUACGUCUGCCCCCCGACGGUUAGGAAUUACCACAAGGAGUUUGAGGCCAAUGCUGUGAGCUGAUGGACAAACCCUCUUUGGCCGCAUUUUAGGAAUAGGCAGGCUACAGCUUUCAUAUUAUAAUAAUAUAAUAUAAUUGUUUUUUACCCUUUUAUCUGGCAAUAAAACUGACCUAUUUUACAAGGAGUCAUGUUUGCAUUGACCACAAUACCU